UAGUAGUAGUAAUAAUAGUGCGUUAAGUAUUAGUAAUAGUAGUAAUAACAAAGAUAAAAAUCAAAAUAGUGUUAAUACUAGUAACUUUAAUAAUAACAGUAGUAACAAUGGUCUUAAAGCAGGAGAGUCUGCACAGCCGGAUUAUAUUAUAGAAGGUAUCAAAAUGGAAAAAUUCGUAAAUCAGGACACCCCAAAACAAAAGGAAUCUUCUAAUAAAGAAAUAGUCGAUGUUUGUAACGAGAACGAUGGCUGCUUUUGGAAAAAUAUAACAAAUGACACAAAUUUAGGUGAUACUAUUGGAAAAGAAUCCAAGCUUCCAGCUUACACAAAUGGCCAUAAUGCUUGCGAAAUUAAGAGUAGCCGUUGUGAUAGCGAUGAAGUCCAAGAAUUAGAUAGUAGUGUUUCCUCAUAUUUGUUUAGCAACUCCGCCAUUUCUCCGAACCCACCCUUGUCAAAACCAACUUUAGCAAAAAGUUCUACGCCUUUUCUCUUUAACACCAAUUUCUCUUUCGAAUGUUUUCAACUAUCUGGAAAGCAGUCUACUCCUCCUGAAGAAUCCCUUCAGGGAUCUUUAGCCCUGUCAGUGGCAGAGCAAGAGACCCCCUCGGAAGCUAACCGGGAUAAAGCUCAAGAAUCUUUUGUCAAAGAAACUCAGUUUGCCUCGCCUUUAGUACAAGAAAGCGUAAAGGAGAUUCAACAUAAACAACUUUUUGCAGAUCCGAAAGAUUUGGAAGACUCAUUAUAUUUAUUUGUUGCGUCUCCCCCUCUUUCUUGCAGUGAACAUAGUGAUAAAGGCAACGACUUUCUUGCGCAAGACAAUGAUAAUAAAACUAACAGCGCUAGUGGUCAUUUUAAAUUCAAUACUAUUAUCAGUAUAGAUCCCAACCUCAAUCAUAAUAACAAUGAUAAGAAUGAUAGUACCGAUAGUAAUAUUAACAAUAAUAACAAUACUAAUACCGAAAUCUAUUAUAACAAUGAUAGGAAUAAUAGUAACGAGAUUAAUAAUAGCAACGAUAAGAAUAAUAUUAAUGAAAAUAAUAAUGAUAACAAUAAGAACAGUGAUAUAAAUAAUAAUAACGAGCCAGCAACUCCUAAAUUACUUACAAGAGACAAGUUUGAAAAGUCGCAGGCGUCUGAAGGGCAUUUUACAUCCACCGAAAAUCCCGUGAAUCAAAACGGCCAUCACAUCGAACUAAAGUCGACAACAACCACGUGUGCGGACUCUAUUGUCACUACAGACAUCAAUACUUGUUAUAAUAACAGUAACACUAAUAUUAACAGGGCUUGCAAUAAAGUUAAAAACAAAAGAAGAGCUAAGCGGAAAAACAUUAACAUUGCUAAUACUGCUGCCGAGGUUAAUAAUAGGAACCCUAAGCUCACCAAACUAGAAGACACACACAAUUAUAACCAACAUUUGCACAUCUCCAAAUGGUUAUCGCCGCCUCGACUGGAAGAAACCACCCCGGGGUUAGAGCACGUCAUACCCGGCAGCCGUGGUAGUCGCGAGUGGAACUCUAUUCACGUUGCAUCGAAGCGCCGGUGCAUUUCUUAUUUACCCCCCGCUUAUGUUUACGGGCGCUUUCCCGACCAGUACUACUACGUUGGGACUGUCGAGCAUGUUGACGAGGAGACGGGCGAAUGUCGCGUGCAAUUCACCGAUGGGGACAUCCGGCAGGUGAAGCCGGAAUGUGUCUACGAGUACUUUGUGAUUCCUCCAGGCAGCAACGUCACCCUACGCCUAGAAGACUCUCUAUGGGCUCCCGGUGUGGUAAUCGCUGUUGAUGAGCAGCAGCGGCAGUAUACUAUACGCGAUCAGGCGGACGGCUCUCUUCGAUUUUGCCGAUUUGAAGACAUUGGCAUUCGAACCGAUCACUUUAAACUUUUGCUUAAGAGAAGCGAUGUUAAAACCAACCAGCCUUUUAUUCAUAACAAGCGUGAAAAAAAACGAGAAAAACUUUUUGGAGACUGCGGUUUCAUAAUAACCGGAGGCUCUUUACCUGAUAAUCAAAAGUCAUUUUGUAAAAAUCACAUAGAGAACCUCAUAAAACUUAAUGGCGGUAAGCUUUUUAAUAACUUCAGUGAAAGAUUUGCCCUCAAGAAAAAACGCUUUUUGGUAACAGACACUCCACGUCGCUCGUUAAAAUACAUGGAGGCGCUCGUCCGCGGAGUCCCGUGCGUUGACUUUUCAUGGAUUACCACUUGUUGCCGGAAGGCAAUACAGUAACUCAUUUGUUUUAGCCAUUGUCAUUUAAUAUAUAUACAGAGUCGUUUUGUGGCCUUCGAAGACUUUGUGCUUCCGCGAGGAUUGUCGGUCCCCGUGCGAAACGUUUUUCCUCUAAAAAUUCUAAAAGAAACAACUUUUACUUUAUUUGGCAGCCGUAGUUUCAAGAACGAGUGGAAACGACUACUUCUCCUUUGCAACGGAACUUUUGUUUCUAUAGAAUUAGUAUCACAGGGACUUACAUUCUUUAUAGUUGAAAAAGGAAAAGUUCUUCCUAAGAAAUAUUUUGACUUGUGCCAGAAUAACGCUAUUCAAAUAGUCACUUCGGAGUAUAUUAUUCAAAGUAUAGUGCACGGAAAACUUUUAAAUAUUAAUGCAAAUGAGGAUUUUGCUUAUC